CUUCCCGAAAGAGGAGGUGGCUGCAGGGCUGAGCCCUGGCUCUUGCACUAUAGAUUUCCUGCCUGCUCUCCCGGGUGCCGAGCUCUAACCUCCCUUUGCUAUCGCCCAAUGGCUUUGACUUGCAGGUGGUACCCGGCUGUCCCGGAGCUCCUGUGAGAGCUGCCCGCAUCCUUCCCUGGCACAAUGAGGUCGCUUAUGCGGAGGCUGCUGCGACUCUCUAACCGAUCCAUAUUAGCCUUCAUCUUCCUCUUCUCCCUGUCAUCAUCGUGCCUGUAUUUCAUCUAUGUGGCCCCCGGCAUAGCAAAUACCUAUCUCUUUAUGGUCCAAGCUCAAGGAAUGAUGCUGAGAGACAAUGUUAGGACCAUUGGGCAUAUGAUCAGACAGUACACUAACAAAAAUGCCACACUAAAUGGAACAGAUUUUCCUGACGGUACCAAUUCCACCGAAUUCACUGCUCAGUCAUCAUUUUAUCUCCCUGAAAACUUCACUUUUUCACCGCAUCUUCCUUGUCCUGAAAAGCUGCCUUUUAUGCGUGGGCAAACAAGUGUCAACAUGAGUGAAAUUGGCUUAGAAGAUGUAUACCAGCUUUCAUCCCAGGAUACACACAUUGAGCGAGGAGGGCACUGGAAACCAAACGACUGUAUUCCCCGAUGGAAGGUGGCAAUUCUUAUCCCAUUUCGUAACCGCCACGAACACCUUCCUAUUUUAUUCCGACAUCUGGUACCAAUGCUGCAGAAACAGCGCUUAGAGUUUGCCUUCUAUGUUAUUGAACAGGCAGGUACUCAAACAUUCAACCGUGCGAUGCUGUUUAACAUUGGGUUUAAAGAAGCAAUGAAAGACAGAAAAUGGGACUGUGUCAUUUUUCACGAUGUGGAUCAUAUACCAGAAAAUGAUCGCAAUUAUUACGGCUGUGGAGAGAUGCCACGUCAUUUUGCUGCUAAACUUGACAAGUACAUGUACAUCCUUCCAUACGAUGAGUUUUUUGGAGGUGUAAGCGGUCUGACUGUUGAACAAUUUAAGAAAAUCAAUGGGUUUCCAAAUGCAUUUUGGGGAUGGGGUGGAGAAGAUGAUGAUCUGUGGAACAGGGUCCACUAUGCCGGGUAUAAUGUUUCUAGACCAGAAGGAGACAUUGGGAAAUACAAGUCGAUCCCACAUCACCACAGAGGAGAAGUUCAGUUCUUAGGCCGGUAUAAACUAUUGCGCUACUCCAAAGAACGGCAGUAUCUAGAUGGGUUAAGCAACUUAAUAUAUGCCCCAAAUAUCAUCAUUGAGCAUUUAUAUAAGAAUAUAACUGUGCAUCUUGUGCCAGAGCUGGCACCAGUGAAAGACUACUGAAGUUUGCAAAGUGUGGGAGUAGUAAACCUAAAGAAGCGCGGUCCCUCCUCCUUAGUCCUGGUGGCUAAUACAGAAGUUGUCAUUUUUGAAUGUGUGACCAUGCAUUACGCUCUGAAGCCAGCAGCUGCUACAUCCAUGUUUACAGCAAAAGGUUGCUCAUAAUGCAAGCCCUGUCCCACCAGCCGUUACAUUCAAAAACUUAUUAAACUCUAUAACAGCGACUGAGAGAAGAAACAGUUAUUUUUAUUUUCUGCCCUCGCACCGACCAACUGUAACCUGAGUUGUAAUUAUUGCUUUCACUUUUUUCAUUGAAGAUGUGAAGGAUUUUCAUUGCCCAAGUGUAUAGUUUUUGUAUAUAUCAGUGUUUUUGUAUAUUGGCUAUAUUUGUGUGAUAUAUCUAUACCUAUAUAUAUAUAUAUAUAUAUAUAUUAGGUAUAUAUAUUAGGUAUAUAUAUUAGGUAUAUAUAUUAGGUAUAUACAGUCCCACUUAUGUACACACUGGGGCGGAUUUAUCAAAAUGAGAGCAUUAGAGCUCACCACAGGAAAAAAACGCCUGCUUUCUAUUUAUUUCAGUGGGAUUAUUAGAAGUGUAUUUAUCAGUGGGUGAGAGUUCACCAUUUGAUAAAUACUCUUCUAAAAAUUACAUAAGAAAGCAUGGAAAGUUGGUGAAUUUUUCUAUGGUGAGCUGUAAUCCUCUGCCCCCAAGUGUUGCACAAGUGCGUAGGUACACCCAAUGAUUUUUAAGGACCAUUUUCUACACUACUGCAUGUAUUUUUUUGUAUAGAUAUGUAUAUGUGUAUGAAUGAUAUAUGUAUGUUUAUAUACAUAUUGACUACUCUGACAUAUGAGAUGUAUGAUAUAUAUACAUGUAUAUGUAGACUUUUUUUUGGGGGGGGGUCAUAUUUAUUUUGAUGCGUACAGUUUCAUUGUUUGCAUGAUACUCCUCCACAUGUAAAUAUUACAGACAUAAAUAGUGCUUCUAGUUAGUAUCCAAUUUACCGGUAACUGCUAAUAGCAAAUGGCCAGCUAUGAUUGUAAACUAUUGGUUUGUGAGCUUAAGGCCGUCUAUGAAUGGGUUAGUCUCUCUGUUGUAACUAGUACAAACAGGCCGUGCUGUCAUCUUGGCCUUAGUCAUACGAAUUGCCUUGUAAUGUAACUCCCUAUAUCAUUUGUAAUAGGAAUUUAGUCUGUGGCAUUUGUAUCAUACAGUGUAUGGGAAGAUACAUAUCAUAGCCUAAAGGUUACUAAUGUGCCAACUGCAUCUAAUAUCAGGGAGCUGAUGCCAAGAAGAACGCUCUUUUAUGUUCUGUGUUUUUAAGUUGCUAAUUUAUUUUAUGUUUUUGGUGGGGUUUUUAUGAUAUAUUUUAAUUGUAGUACACACUUUUAGUCAAACUCAGAAUGAGCCAAAAUGUUUUCUUCCAUGGAAGAAUUACAAGUAAUAUUGGUGAUGUUUUUCUAAGAGUACAAACGAGUUCAUUUUGCAUACGAGAAUGCAUAUCGGGUACUUUUCCUCCAUUUUCGGAGCUAUAUAUAUAUAUAUAGAGGGUGUCUAUUUUUUUUUUCUUUCUGUGUGUUGCCAUAAUUAUUAUUUUUUCUUGGUGCUCAAGAAUACAAACGAGAUUGAUUCUAAGGGGAACUAAAAAUCGGCAUUAUCAGGGGGAUCAGGGCAAUGAGAAAAUGGAGAAAAAGUUUGCAAAUGGUUUUGCACUUAGCUUGCAUGUAUUAAAAUGUGGAAGACAGGGUGCAAUGUCCUAAAACUCCCCCCCCCCCUUUUUUUCUUAACUUUGCACCCUGCCAUCCCUUCCUUUUGAAUUGGAGCAGAAAGACCUGCGGCCUCCCCCAUGAAUACUGCCACUGUUUGGCGCCACUGUAUUCAUGAGGGGCGGGGUAGGGGAGUCACACAGGCAUCUCUUCUGCUGUCCUUUAGCUUGAAUGACAUGCAAGUUAGACAGCUGCGGCACUGUACUCCCUGCUCUGCACCUCGCGCCAAAUGUUCUUACCUUGAGCAAAGUGCCGAGCACAGACAAACCCUGGGCAGAAGUUUCUCUCUGUACGAGCAGGAAGGUGUGUGCUUUUAAACCCUUUGCCUGGGCGAUAGUAAAUUACUUUUGUAGUUACAUGGGAGCAUUCACAGACUUGCUGCAUUUCUGUGUGCAUUGCUCUGUAUUUCCUGCAAACGAAUUGGCUGCCCUAGUAAAUUACACAAAAUAGACUUUUGUUUUCCAAAAUGCACUUUAUUUUAUUUUUAUAGUUAAUUUCAUGAUGACAUUCUUCCAGUUGAUGAUUUACUUUCCUGCAUGUUGAAAUAUUUGUACCUUCACUAUAUAGCAUUGCCCUCCUCUACAAAUGCUGUGUUUCUCCCUUCUCAGUCUCGUGGAACAAUAGGAGUUUUUCAGUCAGUUGAAUAAAUUCAGCCGUUAAAGCAGUUGCUUUGCUCUCUCUUAACAAAUCAAUAAUGUGAAUUGAGUAUAUAAUGUUGUAUGUGGAAGUUUCCAAGAAUAAACAUGAGCCUAGUGUGCAUGGGUUAUUCCUACAGAGAAAAUAAAUUAGAUUUGAUUUUGA